GGCUGCCAUCCCUGAGGUGGCCAUAUUAGAUUGUCCCAAGGACGUGCCAUGGUAUUGAUUGGCAUUCUGGUUAGGUGUGUGGUAGCGAUUUGGGUUACGUACUGUGAAUUAUGAGGUUAUGAACUGACAGGGCGUAUGCUGACAUUUGCUGCUAUAUCUCAUGCCUGAAUGCUUGUAAUGGUCCAAGCUGCAUUUUUAUCACUACGGACGCCAAUAUGAUGGACGAGACCGUGAUGGUGGACCAUGGGGGCAUGGUCGACCAUUCCGGCAUGGCGGACCAUGGUGGCAUGGUGGACCAUGGCGGCAUCGAGUUCAGCGACGACACGACGCUGCAGCUGCAGCAGGAAGACGUGGUCGGCGAAGACGAGAGCUGGGAUCGCGUCGAGCGGCUCAAGAUGGCCAUCCAAGCAGUGGAAGUGGAUGAGAUUCCGUGCCGGCGCGCGUCUCGCCUCUUCAACCUGCCCGAGUCGACGGUGCGACGACAUCUCAAAGACCCGGAGGUGAAGGUAAACCGUCCAGGCAGAGCGCCGGCGUUGCCCGCCGACGUCGAGCAGAGCGUCAUGAAACACGCCGCCGACAUGUCCGACCUGGGGCACAGCUACAGCACCAAGGAGUUCCUUGAGCUGAUCGCUGAGGUGCAGCAGUACCUCUACCCGGAGGAGUCGGCCUUCAAGGAUGAUUUGCCACACCGCAGCUACCUGAAGCGCUUUAUGACGCGAUGCCCCGAGCUGACCGUCAGGAAACGCAAGGUUGUGCCCACCACUGGGAAGAUCCUUGGCAGGAAUGAGGCCAUGGCCAACUACUACUACCGGUUGGAGGAGCUGCUCGAUGACAAUGAUAUCAAGGACAAGCCAGACCACAUCUUCCUGAUGGAGGAGUCGGUGAUUGGGCACGGGGACUCAACUCAGGGCGAGGUGCUCUUCCCGCCGGCGGCCAAGAUGUCGCUGGACGAAGACGAGGAUGAGGACCGCGAGAUGACCACCGUUGUCGGCUGCGGCUCGGCGCACGGUAACCCUCUGCCGCCCUUCAUCGUCUACAAGGGCUUCAAGAAGAAGAACGAGCUGCUGGACGGCGCCUACCCGGGCACCGGCUGCGCCGUGUCGCCGAAACGGCUUGAUGAACUCGGACACCAUGGUGAAGUUCUUGUAUCACGCCGACACCUACUUCCCCUGUGGAGCGGCCGGUACUGCUGCUCUACAACGGCCAGUCGCCACACAUCUUCUCCCAGAUUAUCCAUGUGGCCCGUCAGAUGGGCAUCGUGCUGUUUGUCAUGCCACCAUAUGCCACAAACUCUCAGAUGAGCUCGGAUAUGAACUACUUCAUCAGCCUGAAGGGCUCCUGGCCAGAGGCCUGGACGGCCUACAUGAAGAAGUACGGCGCGCACAUGGUGUGCCGCGGCAAUAUCGCCAAGAUCGUGACGGAGGCGUACCCGCGCGCCAUGACCUCCACCAACCUGCGCA